GCUUCCUUCAGCUCUCUCACUCGAGUCUAAUAAGAAAAAUCCAUCGUGAUCCGAUCUCGUACAUCAAUGGCGUCGUCCACAAGCAUCUCUCUCCUUUUCCUUCUCUCCUUCCUUCUUCUCGCCACCUCGCGCGCAGAGAACGCGUCGAACGGCUCAGAUCUCGACGAGGAGCUCGCUUUCCUCGCCGCGGAGGAGUCAAAGGAACAACAACACCACGCUAAUUCGCACCACGAUCAGUACCGUGAUUUCGAGAAUUACGAGGAUCUCGAGCAGGGAGGAGAGUUCCAUCACGGAGAGCACGAAGGCGGCGAGUACCGCGAGGAGGAGCCGCAGUUGCCGAUCGUCGACGAGAAAGACGUGGCGGUGUUGACCAAGGACAAUUUCACUGAGUUCGUCGGGAACAAUAGCUUCGCGAUGGUGGAGUUCUACGCUCCGUGGUGCGGCGCUUGCCAGGCUCUUGCGCCGGAGUACGCGGCGGCGGCGACUGAGUUGAAGGGCGUUGCGGCGUUGGCGAAGAUCGACGCGACGGAGGAAGGGGAUUUGGCUCAGAAGUACGAGAUUCAGGGGUUCCCCACUGUGUUCUUGUUUGUGGACGGAGAGAUGCGUAAGACCUAUGAAGGAGAAAGGACUAAGGAUGGGAUUGUGACUUGGAUGAAGAAGAAGGCCAGUCCAAGCAUCCACAACAUCACUACAGUAGAGGAGGCUGAGCGUGUUUUAUCUGCUGAACCUAAAGUUGUUCUUGCUUUUCUCGACUCCUUAGUGGGAUCAGAGAGUGCAGAGCUUGCUGCUGCCUCAAGAUUGGAAGACGAUCUCAGUUUCUACCAAACUACAAGCCCUGAUAUUGCAAAGCUAUUUGAAAUAGAAACCGAAGUCAAGCGUCCUGCCUUAGUUUUGCUGAAAAAGGAGGAAGAGAAACUCGCCCGUUUUGAUGGAAAUUUCACUAAGGCGGCUCUAUCAGAGUUUGUGUCAGCCAACAAAGUUCCGUUGGUCAUCAACUUCACCAGGGAAGGCGCAUCACUGAUUUUCGAGAACUCAGUGAAAAACCAACUCAUUCUUUUCGCUACGGCAAAUGAAUCAGAGAAGCACCUUCCCACUUUGAGGGAGGUGGCAAAGUCCUUCAAGGGCAAGUUUGUCUUUGUGUACGUGCAAAUGGAUAAUGAGGAUUACGGAGAAGCAGUUUCUGGAUUCUUUGGUGUUACCGGCACUGCCCCCAAGGUUCUUGUUUACACUGGAAAUGAAGAUAUGAGGAAGUUCAUUCUGGACGGUGAGCUGACCGUGAACAACAUCAAGACACUUGCGGAAGAUUUCUUAGCAGACAAACUGAAGCCUUUCUACAAGUCAGAUCCAGUACCUGAAACCAAUGACGGUGAUGUUAAGAUCAUUGUGGGAAACAAUUUUGAUGAGAUUGUUCUUGACGAGUCAAAGGAUGUUCUUCUCGAGAUAUAUGCUCCUUGGUGUGGCUACUGCCAAUCGUUUGAGCCGAUUUACAACAAGCUUGGAAAGUAUCUGAAGGGCAUCGACUCACUAGUUGUAGCCAAGAUGGAUGGUACCACCAAUGAGCAUCCUAGAGCAAAGGCUGAUGGGUUCCCAACAAUCCUGUUCUUCCCUGGAGGAAACAAGAGCUUUGAUCCGAUCACAGUGGAUGUUGACCGUACAGUAGUGGAAUUGUACAAAUUCCUGAAGAAGCACGCUUCAGUCCCGUUUAAACUUGCGAAACCUUCAGCGACACCUGAACAGGUCAUCACGCCCAAGAAAGCUGAUGAGAAGACUGAGAGUGAUGGAGCCAAGGAUGAGCUGUGAUGAUGCUUGCAAGGAACAGAAUGUGUAACCCAGGCUAUAGAUGAUGAGUCUUUCUAUACAUGAUAGAAAAUGUAUUUUUCUUUUUUAUAUAUUGUUGGUUUAUGUUGUAUGUUAUGUAUUGAAUAACAAAAGAAUUUUGGUUUCUCAAGUCAAAGAUGAAUGAGCUGUUUGGCUCGAGUACAACAAUAA